GAAUGUCUUUACUGUGUUCCUUAUCAAACGAGGUGCCUGAGCACCCAGUGGUUAGUCCGCGUUCUGGUCAUAUUUUUGAAAGACGGUUGAUAGAAAAAUAUCUUGCAGAAAAUGGAACUGACCCAAUCGAUCAACAACCUUUGGCAGCUGAGGAGCUCAUUGAUGUCAAAACAUCAACUUUUGUUCGUCCUAAACCUCCAUCCGCAACAUCGAUUCCCGCCAUAUUAAAGACCCUACAGGAUGAGUGGGAUGCAGUUAUGCUGCAGUCAUUUACACUUCGACAACAGUUACAGACGGCUAGGCAGGAGUUAUCACAUGCUCUGUACCAGCAUGAUGCCGCUUGUCGUGUUAUCGCUAGGCUAACAAAAGAAGUAACAGCUGCACGUGAAGCUUUGGCUACAUUAAAACCACAAGCUGGCAUAAUACAACCAGCUCAAAUGAAUGUGCAAAAUGUUAAUUCAACCCAUCAACCUCCUCCAAGCGCAACCCCACCAAUUCCUCAACCCUCGGACACGAGUGACAAUUCAACUACUGUAGAUUCAAACCAACUGCAAGAAGAGAUUGGUAUUAGCGAAGAUGUUAUCAAUACUUUACAAGAACGAGCUAGUCAGCUUACUGCAGAGCGAAAACGACGUGGAAAAACAGUACCAGAAGGAUUAGCUAGAUCUCGAGCUAUUUCUGAAUAUCAGCAAUUGGCUAAUCAUGUAGGCCUUCAUUCUGCCAGCAUGCCUGGAAUUAAUUGUCUUGACAUCAGCAAAACAUCCCCUGAGAGAAUUGUGACUGGGGGUAACGAUAAAACUGCUGUGGUGUUUGAUCUUUCUACAGCACAAGUCAUAUCUAUUCUCAAAGGACAUGGCAAAAAAGUUACACAGGUUGUUUAUCAUCCUUCUGAAGAAUUAGUGUUCACAGGUUCUCCUGACACAACUUUGAGGGUUUGGGGUGUAGAACAAGGUCAGUGUGCAAGUAUAAUUCGUGCGCACAAGGGGCCUGUAACUGGCUUAAGUAUUCAUGCAACUGGAGAUUAUUUGCUUUCUUGCAGCUCAGAUGGUCAAUGGGCAUUCAGUGAUUUGCGACACGGACGCGUUUUGGUUAGGAUUUCCGCUGUGGAUAAGUCUGGAAGUAUCCAAGCACUUACAUGCGCUCAGUUUCACCCAGACGGUCUUAUUCUCGGUACUGGUACCGCCGAUGGAGAGGUGAAGAUCUGGGAUGUAAAGGAACGGCGCAACGUCGCAAAUUUCGCACAUGGUUCCGGUGCUAACCAACCAGUUACAGCUGUCGCUUUUUCUGAGAAUGGAUAUUACCUGGCUACAAGUGGUGGCGAUAGUCAAGUAAAGCUCUGGGAUCUGCGGAAAUUAAAGAACUUUAAAACUUUGAUUCCUGGUGAAGAUCAGCCAUCUUACGAAAUAUGCGAUGUGGAAUUCGACCAAUCUGGUUCAUACCUUGCUGUUGCUGGUACUGAUGUACGUGUGUACUUGUGCAAACAGUGGGAUCAAUUAAUUUCAUUCAAUGCACACACAGCACCUGCAACUGGAGUUCGUUUUGGUGAGAAUGCAACUACGGUUAUUUCCGCCAGUCGUGAUCGCUCAGUAAAAGUAUUUGGUACAUAAAUUACUCAUGAUCUUACUUGCAGUUUCCGCGGUUCUGCAUUUUUUUGGUUAAAAUCCGUAUUACGAAUGUCAUUGUAUUAUGUUUUUAUAAAAUAUUUGUGUAUUCGCG